AUGCUUUCUCUUGCGCGACAAUCAUCUCGGCUGUUAUCUCGUUCAUCCCGAGUUCUUCACGCAUCUGCUCGCUCUCUUAGGGACUUGAUAGGCCCACCAGAUCCUAUUUCUCAUUUGCGGCCAAUCAUUUAUGACGAUGUACCAACCCCUCCCCCACCCUCUCUCUUACACCACCCAUACUCUCUGGCUGAAUUCGAUCCUGAACCGUCAAAUAAUGAGAGUGCCCACGAGCUUCAGUGGAAGUUGCAGAGGAAGCAAUUGGAUGAUCUGAAUCAGUAUUUUUGGUUGGAUAGUAACAUUAGAUUCGAAAGUGGUAAGAAGGCUGUUUUGGAAAGCCUUCCUUUGACAGCCUCUGUCAUGGACAAGGAGAAUGCGCUAUCCGAAUUCUACAAGCACUGGCUGAUGCAGGAAAAGCCCCGGUUGGAGGAAUAUACCCAUGCAUAUCGGACCCGGAACGUUACGGUCGUUGUGCUAGCAGCCCGAGCUACUCUUGACCGGUUCAAAAGGCGACUGGCCAAUGCUUUCAACCUCUCCAAGGAUGGCACGGCAUUGCGAAAAUGA